CCAAUCCGUCUCCUCCCACCACAAUGCCCGAAAAACGAAUUGAACAAUGGGAAAUCGACCGCUACUGGGAGAUCUUCGCCUCCCUCUCCGGCGGCUCAUCUCACCUCGACGGCACCCAGGCCGCGUCAGUGCUCAAGAACUCGCAACUCCCCGAACAGAAACUCGAGCGCAUCUGGGACCUGGCAGAUGUCGACAAUGAUGGCAGGCUGGACUUUGAGGAGUUUUGCGUGGCGAUGCGCUUGAUAUAUGAUAUUAUGAAUGGGGAAUACAUGGACGUGCCGCAAACAUUGCCCGACUGGCUGGUCCCAGAAAGCAAGGCGCAUCUCGUGCAAGCCACACGAGCUGUCCGGACAGGAGGUGAGAGCUGGGAGCGGCCGGACUAUGAUGAUGAGGGCAAUGAGGGGCUCAAGGACGGGUUUGACUGGUAUAUGCCACCGAACGAGAGGAGCAAGUACGAAGAUAUAUACACCUCCAGCCGGGAUACGCGCUCGGGUCUGAUACGCUUCGAGUCGUUGGGCGAGCUGUACGAAAGCUUGGAUGUGCCCGAUACAGAUGUUCGAAGUGCUUGGAAUCUGGUCAAUCCGAAAAGUGAGGAAGGGAUCAACAAAGACGCUUGUCUGGCAUUUCUGCACAUCUUGAACAACCGGCACGAAGGCUACAGAAUACCGCGAUCGGUACCUCCUUCUCUGCGAGCGACAUUCGAGCAGGGGAGAAUAGAGUAUAACAUUGAUCGCGUACAAUCUGCUGCGGACCGGUGGGGAACGAAUAAGCGCGAUGACACUUUGACGGGCAAGAAAGCCAAGUUUGGAGACACCUAUCUGUCGAGACUGGGUGUGGGAGACCGCAAACCGAAGGGCACAGAUUUUGGAAACACGCCAAGGGAUGCAGACUGGGAGGAAGUGCGGCUCAAGAAGCAGCUCAAAGAGCUCGAAGAGAAGAUGGCGCGCGUGGAAGAGCAAGCACAAAAGCGGCGAUCCCGAGGUGGGCGGCGGGAAGACUCCAAGCCGGCGCUCGUGAAGAGGGAGUUGGAGCAACUGUUGGACUACAAGAGAAGGGAGCUGCGCGAUCUCGAGAAUGGCGAGGGCAAGGCGAAGACAGGGCAGAGUCUGAAGUCGUUUAAUGAUGAAAUCGCCAUGGUGAAGGAGCAAGUCGAUGGUCUGGAGGCUCAUCUUCGGAAACGGGAGCAGGUACUGCAGGAUCUGAAGGGUCAGAUUGAAGCGGAGAAGGCUAGCGCGCGAUAGAUGAGGCUCAUGAGAGAGAGGGAGAGGAGAGAGGGAGAGGGAUGUGGCAGUCAGGAGGUGGAGGCAAUUGUGCACUGUACA